ACAAAGACUUUAGUUUGGCUUUGACACUUUGAAUUCAAUUAGCAUUCAAUUCCAACCUAUUGGCACGCAUUUAUUGAAUUGAGAUACUGGUCUGGUCCGGUUCUAUUCAGGUUUCUAUUGGAAGGGAUAACUACUUCAGCGUUGCCUAGUGCUUAGAAUUUUGGUUUCUUGGCGCGAGGUUUCAGUCUUCUAUGGGUUGAACCCAAGAAAAAUUAUGGGUAGCUCAAGUGAUGAGGAUAAAGAAUUUCGAUUCUUUGAUGCAUCAGAGCACAUUGCGUCUGAUUCUGACAAUGCUGAGGCUAAUAAUUGUGAAUAUGAUUUGUGGAUAGGUAGUCCUCGAAGUGUGAGGGAGCGUCGUAGGAAAUUCAUUAGAUGGAUGGAAUUGAGCUUAGAUAGGUUAGAAGGAAACAAUUCCUUUGAUGUACAUGACAAUGGUAAACGCGGCGUCUUUAGAGGAGAUACUGAUAGAAUAAUGGAAAGUAGUGAGGCUGUUCUAAGAACUUCAAUUUUUGAAGAUGAAUUUUCUUCUAGCGAUCCUUGUAUACCAAGUUGGUCCACUGAUAUUUUGGAUUCAGUAAGAGAAAUUACUCCUAGGGAAAAUUUUGUUUGUAGAAACGGGAAUUUAAACGAUGGACGCGAUUGUGAGUGUAAUGUUGAUGAUUUGGCGGUUGGAAUUGCAGAUUUUGAGAACAUUACUCGACUGUCUCCUUCAGUUCAGCAACCUGGGGAGACAGAAUUUCAGAUUAAUGGAAAUAUUUCGAAAAUAAUGAAUAAAAUAAAAGUUCGCUGGCUGAGCAGAUUCUGUUCCUCGCCGUGCAUAAUCAGUGGGAAUGGGAGAACUGAUAAAUCUAGAUCCAAUUGCCCCAGUGGAAUUCAGGGGGCCAAGGUUCAGAGAGUUAGGGUUCGCCGUAAACGGAAAAUGUUGAAAGAACUCUCAGCACUCUUCACUGGACAAGAUAUUGAAGCCCAUGAAGGGUCAAUCCUUACUAUGAAAUUUAGUCUAGACGGACAAUACCUAGCUAGUGCUGGUGAAGAUAAGAUAGUGCGCAUUUGGCAAGUGGUGGAAGAUGAGAGAUCAAAUCAUAUGGAUAUUCCGGAAGUAGAUCAAUCUUGCAUAUACUUCUCAGUGAACAAUCUCUCUGAAUUGACUCUCGUGGAGGAAAAAUAUAAAACCAACAAACUGAAGAGUUUAAGGAAACCAAAAGAUUCGGCAUGUAUCAUCUUUCCUCCAAAGGUUUUCCAGAUUUUGGAGAGGCCACUGCACGUGUUUGUAGGUCACACUGGAGACAUUGUGGAUCUUUCUUGGUCGAAAACUAAUUGUCUGCUUUCUUCGUCAAUUGAUAAAACUGUUCGUUUGUGGCGGGUUGGAUAUGAGCAGUGUCUCAAGGUCUUUCGGCAUAGUGAUUAUGUGACCUGCAUUCAGUUUAACCCGGUGAAUGAUGAUUACUUCAUCAGUGGUUCAAUCGACGGAAAGGUUCGAAUUUGGACAGUCAGUGGUUGUCAAGUUGUCAAUUGGACUGAAAUAAGAGACAUAGUUACUGCUGUUUCCUAUAGGCCAGAUGGGCAGGGUGGUAUUAUUGGCUCUAUUACAGGCAUAUGUCAUUUUUUUAAAAUAUCGGAUAAUCUCUCCCAACUAGAAGGGCAGAUGUGCUUAACCAGUAAAAAGAAUUCGGCCCGCAAAAGGGUAACUGGAUUCCAGUUUAUCCCACAAGACUGGAGCAAAGUUUUGGUCACAUGUGCUGAUUCACAAAUUAGAAUUCUUAGUGGGAUGAAUGUGAUUGGGAGAUACCAAGGCCUAGGCGAUGCUGGGAACCACAUUUCUGCUUCAUUGACCUCAAAUGGAAAGCACAUUGUUUCAGUGACUGAGGAUUCUAAUGUUUACAUAUGGAACUACAAUAGUGAACCAUGUUCUACCUCGCAAUCCAUUAGAUCAUUCGAGUGUUUCUCAUCUAACGCUUCUGUGGCAAUACCUUGGUCUGGUUUAAAGAUAGGGAACUUGGAGGAUGGAUUCAAAUCGAGCAAACUCGAAGAGAAUUUAACUAAGUUAACGACUCACCUCUCUUUGGGCCAAGAGUUUAUCUUGGACUCCAGCCCCAAGGGAUUUGCAACUUGGCCCGAGGAAAGGCUACCCAUGUCUAGUCCCUGGACUGGGCUUUAUCAAAUGUGUAAAUCUCAAUACAAACUUUUCAAGACUUCUUGCCAGAAUUCAUCUACUUCGCAUGCGUGGGGUCUAGUUAUUGUUACCGCAGGAUGGGAUGGACGUAUUAGAUCAUUCCAUAAUUAUGGGUUACCAACACCAUUUUAAAACGAGGUUGCAGGAUCAUUGAGAAAUUGGAUAUGAUCGAUUUUUAUGGUCACCUGUUUAAGUGAUCCGUCAAUUUGGUUAUGUACAGCAAGUUCAUUGCACAUAAAGUUGAUUUUGGAAGUUGUUUACCCGAGCCAAACCAUCCACAUUGCUGUAUCACUGUCAAGAAUUAGUCAUCCAGUGGGUGUUCUCAGAUUUGCGGAUCCACAAGUUUGUAAUCCAGCAGCUAAUUAAAAACUAAGAAACGAAAUGGAUUCACGCACAGAGAGGCCAAUAAGAGAUGCACGUCUGUAUCAUGAAGAAACCCUCGGACCCUCGUUAUAACAUCUUUUACUUGGUCAUCAAUCAUCACAGUGGAACCGAGGAGUUCCUGGCCAAGUGGUCUAAAGUUAUUUGAGAAAAAUGCGUGAAGCAUUGUAUGCCUGCCCCAGGAGAUUCCAUGGGGCAUUCUCUCGUUCUUCUGAUAUUGAGCUAAUUGGUGCCACAGUUAGGCGGUUUAGCCUUACAGAAGUAGUGUUUUUUUGUAACACUGGCUACGUAACAAGUUUACGAGUAAUAGUUCUGUAAAGAAUACGCUAGUUUUUUCAUGUAUAUACGUGCAAGAAUCUGUUGCCUUCGGAUUAAAUA